CUAUCAGUGCUGCCUUGGGAAACUUGUGUCGACGGUGAUAUGAAUUUAGAAAUGGACUGGCGCAUCAAUGAACUGGGCAAAGUCGAGACUAAAGCCAUGCAACUAAUGAAUACCGUGGAAUGUGCAGUUUAUUUACCUAAAGGUUUUGUCAAAUGGAUUGUUUGCGAUGCCAUACUGGUGGCAGCUUAUUGUUUUCAAAAAUUGGCCAUUGCCAAACAACGUCUCUACCACGCAACAGUCGAGUUAAAUGGUACACAUACACGCGGUCAAAUGGUACUCGACCAUUUGCGUAAAGACUUAGAAAAUGCUCAGAUAAUAAUGGACAUGCACAAGGAGAACUACAAACAAAUUAUAUCAUGGACAGGUGGUUUAAUAGAUGAUGCCGAUAUGGAAAAAUGGCUGUUGACGAAUAUGUAGAAUGGACGAACUAUGCAAAUAGUUAAACAAACAUGCAUAGGGGAGGGGGGUGUUAUCAACAUUGGAAUAGUUAUUUAGAAUAUUAGUUGUAUUAUUAAUAGAAAUGGGGUUAUGUUGUGGUAUGUAUGUAAGGAUGUGGCAUGAAUAAUUAUUUUGUUUCGAGUGCUUUUGUCGUGCUGCUACAACUAUGAUCUGUCCCAAUUUAUGAAAAUAUACAUACGUAAACGUGAACAAACGUGACAAAAAGUUUAAAAAUUUUAAUUUAAUAUACAUUUUAAUUAAAUCAAAACUAUUAGGUUAGGAUUAAAAUUUUAAUAUAAGAAGAAUUGUUUAUUUUUAAAAAAUAAAAAAAAAUAUAUGUAUA